UGAGCGAAGCCGAAGGCAACACAUCUUCCCUGCUGACAGCCCAGUUAAAAGUAGCAUCGCCGGGAAUCUCUCACUCCCUGGGUUCUUGGAACUCAUUUGGACUUAGGGUUUUACACUUUCACCUGCGGAGAACUAGGGCGCUCUGAAGGUUUCAAAAAUGUUUCUUACGAGGACCGAGUAUGAUAGAGGUGUCAACACCUUCUCCCCCGAAGGUAGGCUGUUUCAGGUUGAAUAUGCCAUUGAGGCUAUAAAGCUUGGUUCGACAGCGAUCGGGAUAAAGACCAAAGGGGGGGUUGUGUUGGCGGUUGAGAAGCGCGUGACCUCUCCUCUGCUGGAACCAAGCAGUGUGGAAAAAAUCAUGGAGAUUGAUGAGCAUAUAGGAUGUGCCAUGAGCGGAUUGAUAGCUGAUGCCCGCACACUGGUUGAACACGCACGCGUUGAAACACAGAAUCACAGGUUUUCAUAUGGCGAGCCAAUGACUGUUGAAUCUACUACUCAAGCUCUUUGUGAUCUUGCUCUACGAUUUGGCGAGGGUGAUGAGGAAUCUAUGUCGAGGCCUUUUGGAGUGUCUCUUCUUAUUGCUGGUCAUGAUGAGAAUGGGCCUAGUUUAUACUACACGGAUCCUUCUGGUACAUUUUGGCAAUGCAGUGCGAAAGCUAUAGGGUCGGGUUCUGAAGGAGCUGACAGCUCCUUGCAGGAGCAGUAUAACAAGGAAAUGACUCUCGAGGAAGCCGAAACUGUUGCUCUGUCCAUCCUGAAGCAAGUCAUGGAAGAGAAGGUGACUCCAAACAACGUCGACAUUGCGAAAGUCGCUCCGUCGUAUCACCUCUAUGCUCCUCCUGAGGUAGAAGCUGUUAUCAAUCGCUUAUAGAGGAUCAAUAAUUACUUUCAAAUUAUGCUUUCUUCCCCUUAUUUGCCACUCUGAGCAUUUUACCCCCGUAUUAUAUCUAUACUUUAUUAUUUUUUUCUUAAUACAUGACAUGAAAAUAUUUAGCAACUACAUUGUUUAAUUGAGAUUUACUUGCAACACA